AUGAGUAGUAGGUCCGUAGUUGACAAAAAGAUCUGGAAGGACACCGUAAUCAGGCAGAACACCACUGACAUUAUGUGGGUCAACAACAGUAAGGGCAUAUUCAAUUUGACUAUAUUCUUCAGAUAACGUAGACAAGAGCACCCCCACUCCCUCCAUGACCAGUGAGGAUUCUGGCAACUCGAGUGGCUCCAGUGGAAUGUUUCUUCGGGUAAGGCAGCGGGUUAGUUACUUUUCCCCAGCGUCUUCUCGGUCAAGCAAGACGCCUGCCACCCCUGAAUCUGCAAAAUCAACUCUGUCCACCGCUGUGGAAACUAAGGAAAAACCAGAAUUAAAGAAAAGGGAAUCAAAUAUGGCACAAAAGAAUAAAAACAAUGUAGCCAAGAAGAAAUCAGACAGUAUAACACAGAAGAAGGACAUAAAUGUAGCCAACAAGAAGGAAAGUGCAGGAAACUCACAGAAGAAAGUGUCCAUAGGAGUAGGCCAGAAGAGAGAAGCCCCGUCAAAGGUUAAGGAUGGUGAUGCCAAGAGAGCCAAAGUUACCACACCACAAACUCCUCGGACCAGUAUCACCAUCAACAGUCCCCUGAGAGAACGUGCGGUCGCUUUGGACUUUCAGAUCGAGGAUUCUGCGUUGGUUCACGAUCAACGUGAUCUGAAUACCGAGCCGAAAGGGCGUCCCAGAGUACUACCACUUAUCUUGCCUGAAGACAGACUAAAGCCGAUCAUUUGUGAACUAGUCCGUGAAGAAUCAUUCAGUGCGAGCCAUCGACUGCACAACCCGUAUAUGAGUGCCAAACAAAAUGUCCAGAUUUUUGAUAAAUGUAAUGGUAAAAAUGGACAUGGUCACAAUUACAGAGUAAAGGUAUACCUCAAAGGUCCUAUUAACAACCACACUGGGAUGGUCUAUAACAUGAAAGACUUGAAGGAGGAGAUGAAGUUGGUGAUCGACACUUUGGAUCAUAAGAAUAUCGACCAAGAUGUGCCUUUUUUCAAGUAAGUUUUUAUGUUUUUCGUGUUUAUCUUUACAGUAUUACUUGUGAAAUUCUUUUUAAAUGCUUCUACAUAUGUAUUAAACAGAAGUUUUACUAAUGGAGUAUAAUAUGUUUUACAAUAAAUACUUAAAAAAUUCUUUAAAUCACAAAUUAUAUUAAACUUUCUUUCAGAACCCGUGUUUCGACUAGUGAGAACCUGGCCUACUACAUUAUGACAAGUUUACAGAAGGUAAUGAGCUGUGCUCAACUCCUCUCAAAAGUGGAACUCUGGGAGACGGAUAAGAAUAGUGUUGUUAUUCAUGCCCAUGACCAGUGA